CGAGGACUCCAGAAGCUGGUCCCGCACCUGCGUCAGCGUGGGAGCGCCCAAACGACGUUCCCGGACGCCGGCUAGUCUCCUCGCGCGUAGCCCCGGCGACUGUGUGCCUCAACGGUGAGCUGCGGCUUUCUCAGUCAUCGACGCAGCGUCCGCACUGCAUGUAAUCUUUAACUGCUGUAGUAGCGUUCGCUGGAGCGAAGUCAGUCGACGCCCAAAACAGCGCCUAUACCGCGAUCCACUGCGGCUCGGAGGCACAGAGCCCCUCGCCGACGGACAAGACUCGACCUCUUUAUAACCGCACAGGGUGACCCACAAUCGGGAAACAACCAGGAAGAAGCAGUCGGCCCCGACGACCUCACUGACACCGUUAAACCGCCACGGUAUAACAAGGACGGAGAGUGCGGGCAAGAUAUCUCCACUCAGGAUCCAGUGGCCGUGGAAGACACGUCAUACCUCGGUGCACAGCGUCGAACAAAGCUACGCGCCAAAGGCGACCAUGAACGCGUGGCAUCAGAGACCGGCGUGGACGUUUUGGUUCCGUUUGCCCUGAUGCGCAGCAUCACUGGCCGACCACGGGCCUUCCUUUGACUUGUGACGACAUGUCUUACCACUCGUCGCGUUGGUGGGCGUACUGCCUCAUCUUCGCGUUCGCCUGCCAGGUGUUCCUUGCGCUGCCCGGUACGUCGCUGGAGUUUCAAGGUCUCCACCUGGCCCACGCGCCAGUGGGCGAGCGCAGUGAGAAGCACGAGAACAACGGGACGUGCACCUUCCGCGGAGACCCCUACGCUGUGGACAAGUUCAUCGAGAAGGCCGCCGUGGAAUGCUACAUGUAUACCAACGGACUCCGCGAAGAGUACCAAAAAAAGGUGUGCUACAAAGUCGGUUUCCCCAAGAUCUGCUUGAACUGCACUACUGAUGCGCGACCGCCGAACGAAGAGGACUGCCACUUACCCGACAUCAAUGACGAGAACAGCCCGCUCUUCUUGGCCUUCCGCACCAAGGCCAUCGGACGUCUCUGGGCAAACUGCGUCCGUGAGGCCAUCGCCUGCUGUAAUUACAUGCUGGACACACCGCGGAGAACGGACGGAAUAUUUUGCAAUCGCACGUGGGAUGGCCUCACGUGCUACGAAGAUACCGACGUUAACAGGAACGUAUCAAAGGUCUGCCCACGGGUUCUCUACAUCUACUCGAAACCUCACUGCGAAUACUACUCGACAAGGUGGUGCCAUGAAAACGGCUCCUGGUACCGGUUGAUGAACGUUCAGCGGACCUUCUACACAAGCUGUGCCCCCAAGCCGUGGGAGUACGUCGGCGUGUACCACUACUCCAUCGGUCUUUUCUCGCUGUCGGUGUUGUCACUGAUACCGGCAUUGUUCAUCUUCAACUGGUACAAAUCAUUACAGGUACCUCGCAUUAUGAUCCACAAGCAUCUCUGCCUUGCGGUUAUGAUGUGUGGAGUGAUGUAUAUCAUCGACCAUUCGGUCUUCACGCUGGAUGACGUCAAGCCGACCAAGUACACCAAGAACCUUACUCACUCGAACACGUGGUGGUGCAAGCUGCUGUCGGUGCUCAACCGCUACUUCAUGGUGAGCCAGUACACCUGGAUGCUCUGCGAAGGCUACUACCUACACCGACUCGUGGCCCAGGCCUUCUCCAAACAGAUGAAUCUCAAAUUUUGCUACGCCUUCGGCUGGGGCCUGCCAGCUCUUCUUGUCAUUAUUUACAGCAUACUUCGUGCCACGCAGUCUGACGACAGGUGCUGGCGGAACAUCGUGGUCUACGACUACGCGUUCACCGGCCCCAUACUGACUUGCCUUGCUAUUAAUAUUUUUUUCAUGAUCCACGUCAUCUACAUCCUGGUAACCAAGCUCCGACAGCGGAAUGUCAACGACAGCGAAAACUUUAGGAAGAUUCUGCGCGCCGUGGUGAUACUGAUCCCUGUUUUCGGUGUCCACUUCGUGUUGACUACGUUUGUGAGCCCAGCAUCAUGCAGCGCUUACAUCAAGAAGCUCUACGCAGAAUGGAGCAUCGUUGGCUUGCAGGGAUUUUUCGUCUCCCUCAUAUUCUGCUACCUCAACGGCGAGAUACAGAGCCUGGUGAGACGCUCGUACGGCCGCUACAAGAACGACCGCAGCAUAAGCAGGAGGCAUCGGCCGAGCGUGCCGCAGACCACCACUACCACGACGACGGCCACAACUCCCAUGUGAUGCGCUUGAUGCAGCGCGCACAGAGAGCACCUUUGCGGCUCCUCGUGUGCUCUAUCUUGACAAAGGACGCUUCCAAGGCACAAAGUCCGGCAUCGUCGUAUGGACUUCCUUCGAUAUACUUCGCGGCUCUGUGUGCACCAACGCCCUGUGCCAGGAUUUCAACCACGAGUGCUUCCGCCUGGAACUGUUACUUCUUUCGUGUGUGCGCGCACGCGUCCGUGUAUUUACGUGUGUGUGCGCGCUCUCCAUGUGCUCUGCAUGCGAUUUCGGAUAACAUUGUGGGGCAGUGUACCCCACCGCUGCCAUAAACGCUGCACAAUGGCUGUCGUAUUCCGCUUCCAACCAAUGGGGAGGAGGGCGGGGAGAAACUACUGCGCCGAAACCGUACGUUUGCUUAAGAAUGCAGACGUAAAAGCCACGGAGGGUGCUAUUCUGGACUGUCAAAUUCCGUCCAACGGCGUUUUGAGCCAACCAGAGAGGCAGCAGCAGCCUUGUGGGCCGAUCAGAGCUGGCAAGAUGGCAAAGUCGACAAUAUGGUGAAUUUUAAUAGUAUCCGGAAUAGCACCCGGGGUGUGGGAGAGAUAUGUUUAAUUGUGUUCCCAGUCCUAGAACCAUGGAGGAAAGAAAAAAAAGCUUAGGAAUGAGCAAUAACGUCAGGCACUCAGCCUUCUCAAGGCAGCCUCCUUUGAAGUCAUUCUCUCCAUGCGUCGGUACCGCGCAGCUUGCCAACACGUGUUUUUCCCAUGGAACCUCCUUAGUAAGGUUUUCUGUUUUAUGACGAGGCUUCAAGGUUGUCAUCACGUGACGAGUUCCCCCUCCAAACAUUUCUUAUUCUUUCUCCACGCCUAGAGCUCCCAUAAGUAAGGGCAUGGACACGUUUGCCUACAGAGCUAUAACGGCCCAUCCGAGUUCUAGCUCGCUGUAUCCGAGCGCAGGGUAGCCAGCCGGUUCUUGCAGUGGCUAAAUCCCCUGCGUUUCUUCUCUCAUUUUUCUCUCACGCAAAGAGCCGUUCUCACGCUGUGUAGAAGGAAUAUUAUGGUCUCAACGUAUCUGUGAUAUAUCAAAUUGUAGCUUGAUUAUUCGCGCUUUCAAAGAAAGCGACGCCGAACUAAAAAAGCAAAUAUUGUUAACUAUUUAUCUGUGAAAUCUGUAGCAAUCGCAAAGAAAAGUACACACCAGAAGAAUCGCUCGUAGUUUUACCGAAAUCUACAGCAAUAACACAGAAAGUAAGGCUGCAUAUCGAUGGUUUCACCAUCUAUACUUUAAACAUGCUAAAAAGUUCCUAACUUUAGGCGAGUAGCGAAGUUUCAUGUUGUGAUGGCCGUGCCUUGCAAUUAAGGAUGUGGCUCUACGAAGGCGACAAAGAGAUAUACAUUUCUGAUCGCGCAGAAUGCUUUUGACUCAACUGUUACCCUUCCGCUUUCCAUGGCUUGUACCACCUUUUAACAGGUUUUUCAAACCGCUGUAACAGAUAGUGAUGUUGCGUUUAUUCAGGUGCAUUUAUUAAAGAGGCGAAAAUUAUCUGCAUGAGAUAUCGGAAUGUGUUGGAUUAGUAAAGAUAUUUACUAAUUUACUUUUCAAUGAUCCACUUUAGGGCAUAUGGUUGAAUUUGGGAGACUGACACCGAUCUGUAGUGAAGGCCAUGUUUGCUUAGCAGAAGACUAGCCCCACUUUCGAGAUAGCCGGCCUUAAAGUGUGCUACGUAAUUCAUUGGCGUUCCGCUAACAGUUUCCUAAACGCGUUCGUCAAUGGGGAUUUUAGCUGUAACGCUUCCGUAUAUUGCCGCACACGUGGUUUUUGUCGAGGUCCACCGCAGGCUUCCGUUGCGUGGUUGCAACGAAUGUUGCGUCAUACUCUGACAUGGCGGCAGCUCCUGCCGUUCGAGGUAUGUCAAUGAUGCUGCAGACUUUCCCUACGCAUUAUCUCACCUCGGCAACAAAGUUCGGGCGUCAUAUCGGCGCUCUUCUUGAGAGGGUUGCCCUAUAUCGAUCAAUGAAAGCCUGCCCUACAGUCACGCACAGGCAGCGCGCGAUGUCGCAGCAACGGAACAGUGGCGCGAUCUAUCACCGCUACGGCAAGACAAGCCGAGCGGUGACAGAUGGCGCCAUCGGUCACCGCUCGGUAAAGCCCCUCAAUCUCCCAAAGUAGCGCCAUUCACUUCCCUCCUCCUCCGCUCGGCGCGGCCUCGAUGGUGGCGCUGCCGGUGGUGGGCCUGCCGUAGCAGACGACGGCUAACACGCUACGGGAGAAAAUCCGCGGAAAAGUUCGUUCGAGUCCUGCGGAGCAGUUUUUUCAAUCUAGAUCUUGCUUUGUCAGUCGGUAACUGGCCUUAAGAAUGUCGUGUCGGAUUUGCGGAAGAAAUAGAGAAAAGCACCAUUAUUCAAGGCGUAUUUAAGGCGUAAAGCGCGCGCACGUUGAAAGUUCGUGUUGCUGAAACACGACACAAGCACGCGGUGUGCUCAGACACGCGAGUAAUUACCAGAGUUUCAGGUUUUGACAGCGUGAAAGUAUGUGCACGUGGUUUCUUAGGUUAAUUUACGUACCUGCAGGAUGCUUUUGUUCGGCCGGCGCGUGAGAGAUUCCGACUGUCUGCGGUCAGCAAUGCCUCGCGUCAGGGCCGUUUCUGUUCCUCGCCUUUUACAGAUGUACGUGGCUCAUGCACAGGUUGUGGUGGCCAUGAGCAACGUUUUCAGACAUAGGCGGUAUAGAUAAUUUGAACAACGUACCAGCAUAUGAAAUUGUUAUUUAUUUAUUACAGUGCAAAUGGUUAGAAUUUCAUAGAAAAAAAGAAGGAACUUGAUGGGACAACUGGAAAGAGGUUCAGAAAAUAAUUAUCCCCCUCCUCUCAUUGGCACCAGCAACACUUUUGUUGAAGUGCUAAUUUUAUCUCUGUAUACUACGUGCGUCUGUAUUCUUUUGCGUUGUAAGUUUUCACAAGGAAGCAGUGUUGCGUUAACUGGAACAGUCAAGGCACACAAGACAGAAAACAAGUUGAUUCUUGGGUUUUACAUACCAACACCACGAUCUCAUACGGCACGCCAUAAUGGGGGCCCCGGAUUAAUUUUUUUCCAGCUGGGGUUCUUUAACGUGCCCCCAAUGCACUGGACACGGGCCCGUUUUGACACGGGCGUCAAAAGAAGAGGUUGGAGGAGCCGUGGCACUUACUACACAAAGCCGCGCGUUCUUUGCCACUUGCUCGAAGUCAGCCCGCCCGAUUUGUGAAUCCACACUUUUCUUCGUUUUGCGUUGCGCCCGGCGGAUGGUAAAGCAAAAAGCUUUUUGCCGUCACUGGGUCUAUUGUGGCAACCGUAGGCGCAGCAGCACGGCAUCGCAAUUAAGCACUCGGCCCUAACACAUUGUAUCUACCGCGCUCCUUCAAACCGCCUGCCGUACUUUCGUCGAGCAGGCCCAAGAAUGGGGGUCGCAGCGCGCUGGAAAGAAAAGAUAUACAAAAGCGCGGCGCCUGCUCUGCGCCGGAAAGAAAAAAAUAUACAAAAGCGCGGGGCCUGCUUUCACGUGACACAGAUUGGCGAAUGGGGGAGCGGAGGAGGCUGGGGCGACAGGAGGAGUGGAGGGGGAAGCGCCUGGGUGAGCGGGGUGGCGGAAAGAUCUAAGAAUGGCGCUACUUUUGGAAAAUUGAGGGGCUUUACCGCUCGGCCGAUUUCUAUGCCGAUUUCUCCGCAUGUUGCAGAGACAUCGGCAUCUAUUUAGCCACGCCGCCGACAGGUACUAGCCAUUGCCUUGGAUAGGCGUUGCUUUAAGCAACAUACGCCAGAGUAUAUGCUCCCUUUGCUCGCGCAUCAACGCUCGGACACGUCAAAUCGGUUUUAUAAACAUCUCGUAUGACUCGUAAACGCAUCCUACAUGCGUGGGCUUCUCGAGGAUAUACCUCACUUUAUGCUUCAAUGAUGUGGAUGGCAACCUUGCACACCUCCGUCAGGAGUGAUGGCUGCAUCGGCGGCAAAGAAUUCAACAGAUCGCUCUUUAGGCGGCUCUUUCAGAGAAAGCGUAUGUCUGAGUAGGACCUUCCAAACGAGCAAGAAACGCUGGGACACAAACGGCACAAUGCGCUUGUUCCAACAUUUAGUAUGAUGAGGGCGGUUCUGUGAAGCGACUCUGGAUUGCAAUACCCAACGACAAAGCCGGGCUCCUUCCUAUAAAGCUUAAACUUAUUUUAUGGGUAAUACACGUUUCAACGCCGUAUAUUUGCAAACCUAUUUUCAACUACUUUCAUUAUUCCUAUGGUAACUCAGCGGCCACAGCUUCUGCAGUAACCUACAUGGGUUCAGAAAUCAAACAAUUCAAAAAUCUUCAGCAGAUUUUGUGGACGGAUAUCUCGAAAGUGUGCGCUAGUUUUACAAGAUGCCUACUAAGCAGACAUGGCAUCGCUACUGAUCGGCUUCAGUUUCGCAAUUGGAGCAUGUGCCAUAAAGUCAAUAACUAAAAGUUUAAUUAGUGCGUGUAUACUUUAAGUACCUGGUUAUCGCGAUUUGUCGCGCAAAUAACGCGCACCUCUUCAGGUAGCCCGCAUCAACAGGCCGAAUUGUGCUAUAUGGCCCCUGCGAUUUUCUGAAGUUUUCUUCGAAAAGAAAAACGAUGGUCUAGAUGACAGUUCGUUUUGUCCUUUAGCAAUUUAUACCUCACUUUUUGUGACGCUGUGUUUAUGAGAGCAGAAAACGUGGACAACCUUUCACGUGACUGAAGCAUAUGGGACCUUGCGAGAACAGGCCAAUCUGGUGAAGUGCUGUGAGUCUGUGCAAGAGUUUCACCGCCCGGUGUCUAGCACGUCUAAUAAAGGGUAAGGUUUCUUACUA